UUUCAUACUAGGCACAAAAGUUUUCCGGUUGUGCUGAGCUCGAAGCUGAAGCUAAAAACUACUGCUGAAAAUGUCUAAACAAGGCCAAAGACUGAGAGCUUUGGUGAACGAACGGCUGACUGCGGCUGCGGAGGAGAUCUUUGCGCUGUUUGAAAGAACGAUAGCGGAGUAUGAGGAGGAACUGCGCCGAUCUAAAGAGGAGAACCAGAGGAAACAGACUCUGGAGAGAGCGGGUCAACACAUUUCCUCACCUGGUCCCGGACUGAAGCAUGACACUCCGCAGAUUAAAAAGGAGUGCAUCAAACAGGAGGAUGAUCAGAUGCCAAUGUUGGUCCCAGAGACCAGUGGUGCCGACAUGAGGAGAGAAGAGUCCUCACUGCUUCUAAAACCUACAGAGUACAGAGAGGAAACAGAAGAAGUGGAAACAGAAGAAGAGGACAUCAGUGCAGCACCACAUUUACACUCAGACACUGAGGGAGAAACUGAGCACUCCUCUGACACUGAAACUGAUGAAGAGUGGAGAGCUUCAUUCAGCCUUUCAGCUGCUCAGAAGGAAACAGAGGCUGAUAAAGAUCAGGUUAACCAGAACAGAGCCAGAAGCACCACUGCACCAAACUCAGGUCUAUCCCCCAAACACAAGUCUUCACCAGAGACAAGCACCAAUGUGAACUACGGAACAGCUGAGGGCGCAGAGGAUAAGAAACACCAGUGCUAUUUGUGUAAAAAGAGAUUUAGAGAAAAACAUCAGCUCAACAGACACCAUCGAAUUCACACAGGGGAGAAGCCAUUUAGCUGUUCAAUUUGUAACAAAACAUUUUCCCAAAACACAAGUCUAGUUACACACAAAAGAAUUCACACUGGAGAGCGGCCUUACAGCUGCCUGUUCUGUGAUAAAGCAUUUCUCUCCAGUUCUGACCGAGAGAAACAUCAGAGAAUACACACUGGGGAAAAACCUUACAGCUGUCCAACCUGUGACAAAAACUUUGCCCUUAAGGGUAAUCUGAAUGCCCACAUGAAAACCCAUGCAGAGGAGCGACCUUACAGCUGUUCUCUCUGUAAGAAAGAAUAUACAUACGCGUCUGCGCUGAAGAGGCACCUAAAGAAACAUGCAGCAGUUCAGUCUGUUAGACAGGGUUUAAACGAAACCCAAGGAUGAAACAAAGAUUUUUCACAUAUUUCUUUGCCUACUG